CAUAGCAACUACCCAAUCACAUUUUCUCUUCUCCCUUGUUUUAAUUAGUACUAUUCAAUCUUUGGACCAUAAUAAAGAAAAAUAGUUGGUAGUUACAUUUUUAGGAAACAAAAAUGGUUCUUUUUGGUUUUCUUCUAGCUGGACUUCUCUCAAUUGUCUCACCUGUUCAUGGAUACUAUGGAGGUUGGAUUAAUGCCCAUGCCACCUUCUACGGCGGCGGCGAUGCUUCUGGCACAAUGGGUGGAGCUUGUGGAUAUGGGAACUUAUACAGCCAAGGUUACGGGACCAACACAGCAGCACUAAGUACUGCAUUAUUUGACAAUGGAUUGAGCUGUGGAGCAUGUUUUGAGCUAAGGUGUGUAAAUGAUCCACAAUGGUGCUUGUCUGGCACCAUUGUAGUCACUGCUACUAACUUCUGCCCGCCCGGAGGAUGGUGCGACCCUCCUAACCAUCAUUUUGAUCUCUCUCAACCUAUUUUCCAACACAUUGCUCAAUAUAGAGCCGGUAUCGUUCCCGUAGCUUACAGAAGGGUAAGAUGCAGGAGGAGAGGAGGAAUCAGGUUCACCAUAAAUGGACAUUCAUACUUCAAUUUAGUACUGAUAACAAAUGUAGGUGGAGCUGGUGAUGUUCAUGCUGUCUCCAUCAAAGGCUCGAGAACCAGAUGGCAACCUAUGUCCAGAAAUUGGGGCCAAAACUGGCAGAGUAACUCCUACCUUAAUGGACAAGCUCUUUCAUUUCUUGUCACUGCUAGUGAUGGUCGGAGAGUGGUCUCUUACAACGCAGCACCGGCCGGUUGGUCCUUUGGUCAAACUUAUACCGGAAGCCAAUUCCGGUAUUGAGUAAUUAAAAAUCGUAUUAAUUAAAUUAAAUUAAAUUAAUCUUUUUAGGCCAAUAUUAUUAUGGUCACACGAGAUGCUAUAAUAUAGCAAAAUUAUGGACUAAAUUGCUACUAAUUAUGAUUAAAAUGUUUGGUGAAUAGAUGGAAGAGUUUUUAGUUUGUGUUA